UUUUUCUCCCACGAAGAGUCUUUUAUAACGUAGCCUGUAGGGUACAUUUAGUCCCUUGCCAUAUUCCGUUAAUUUAUGUCUGAUAUUGCGCGUUGCCUCGCAGAAGUCUUCGCUCACAGUCAGGCUGCUUCCUUUUAGAAGAGAGCGCUUAGACAAAACUCCUUUCGUUUUAUAAGAGAGAAACUUAACUAUUAUCGGUCGUGAUUUUUGUUGACUGUAGCGACCAAUCCUAUGUGCACGCACUAUGUGGUCGCAAGUUAAACUAAGUUUUAAAGUGUUAUUUAUCAAAUCUAGGGCUUUUUCCUCUGACUGCAUUGAAUUUUCCUUUGAAGUAUCCGGUACUCCAAAAAAAACCAGAUUGUCGCGACGUGAGCGAUCUUCCGCGUCAUCAAUUCGCGCGCGAAGUGUGUUCGUGUCAGGUACUACGCUCUCAAUCUUGUCGUGCAAUAAGCUGACAUCCUGUUUCCAUUCAUCAAGGAUGGCCGUCUGGCUUUCCACGUGCUGCAGUCUUUGAUCGAUGUCUGAUAUAGCAUCUGAAACGGUUUUUUGCUGUUGUUUCAGGUCAUGAAUUGUCUCCGACAUAGAAUAUUGUACAGAUUCCAUUCUAAUAGAUCUUUCAUUUAGGUCCCUCACGGUUUUAAGUACUUCAGCAAGGACAUCGUCCUUGGAUGGGCCAGGAUUGCUUUCCACGUCACCACACAGUGAAAGAAACAAUGAACAGAACGGGUCACUCAAGGCUUCUGGGCACGGAAGCACGACAAUGAAGCGAUUACUAGAUUUAAAGCAAAGAAGUGGCAGUUUGGAAAUGUAACUGACCUGCAGGGUGAAAAAAGACCAGUGCGAGGCUGUCAUCCUGUCGGUGCCUCCGUGCCCUCUGACUGCCCAGAGCGUGUUGCUUGGCUUUAAGCGUCCCGCUGCUGGCGCUGUCGAUGCUGUCGCGGUUGCGCAGUGAUGAACCGAAGAUACAAAUGGGGUGUCGUUCCAGAUGUAGAUUUGAUGGCGGCUUUGAUCCGGGUGAAGUGUGGCGGGAACAGGCUCAGCGAAUUUGCCGGCCUCAGAACCACGAACGAUAGGUUCGCCAUACGAAUCCAGUGGAACAGCGCACCGGAAACCGGGGUUGAAGGCAGCGAGUAACUGCAGGGUGAAAAAAGACCUGUGUGAGGCUGUCAUCCUGUCGGUGCCUCCGUGCCCUCUGACUGCCCAGAGCAUGUUGCUUGGCUUUAAGCGUCCCGCUGCUGGCGCUGUCGAUGCUGUCGCGCUUGCGCAGUGAUGAAUCGAAGAUACAAAUGGGGUGUCGUUCCAGAUGUAGAUUUGAUGGCGGCUUUGAUCCGGGUGAAGUGUGGCGGGAACAGGCUCAGCGAAUUUGCCGGCCUCAGAACCACGAACGAUAGGUUCGCCAUACGAAUUCAGUGGAACAGCGCACCGGAAACCGGGGUUGAAGGCAGCGAGUAACUGCAGGGUGAAAAAAGACCUGUGUGAGGCUGUCAUCCUGUCGGUGCCUCCGUGCCCUCUGACUGCCCAGAGCAUGUUGCUUGGCUUUAAGCGUCCCGCUGCUGGCACUGUCGAUGCUGUCGCGCUUGCGCAGUGAUGAAUCGAAGAUACAAAUGGGGUGUCGUUCCAGAUGUAGAUUUGAUGGCGGCUUUGAUCCGGGUGAAGUGUGGCGGGAACAGGCUCAGCGAAUUUGCCGGCCUCAGAACCACGAACGAUAGGUUCGCCAUACGAAUCCAGUGGAACAGCGCACCGGAAACCGGGGUUGAAGGCAGCGAGUAACUGCAGGGUGAAAAAAGACCUGUGUGAGGCUGUCAUCCUGUCGGUGCCUCCGUGCCCUCUGACUGCCCAGAGCAUGUUGCUUGGCUUUAAGCGUCCCGCUGCUGGCGCUGUCGAUGCUGUCGCGCUUGCGCAGUGAUGAAUCGAAGAUACAAAUGGGGUGUCGUUCCAGAUGUAGAUUUGAUGGCGGCUUUGAUCCGGGUGAAGUGUGGCGGGAACAGGCUCAGCGAAUUUGCCGGCCUCAGAACCACGAACGAUAGGUUCGCCAUACGAAUUCAGUGGAACAGCGCACCGGAAACCGGGGUUGAAGGCAGCGAGUAACUGCAGGGUGAAAAAAGACCUGUGUGAGGCUGUCAUCCUGUCGGUGCCUCCGUGCCCUCUGACUGCCCAGAGCAUGUUGCUUGGCUUUAAGCGUCCCGCUGCUGGCGCUGUCGAUGCUGUCGCGCUUGCGCAGUGAUGAAUCGAAGAUACAAAUGGGGUGUCGUUCCAGAUGUAGAUUUGAUGGCGGCUUUGAUCCGGGUGAAGUGUGGCGGGAACAGGCUCAGCGAAUUUGCCGGCCUCAGAACCACGAACGAUAGGUUCGCCAUACGAAUCCAGUGGAACAGCGCACCGGAAACCGGGGAUGAAGGCAGCGAGUAACUGCAGGGUGAAAAAAGACCUGUGUGAGGCUGUCAUCCUGUCGGUGCCUCCGUGCCCUCUCGGCAUAUAUCAGGUCAACGGAACUUCUUUGGACCUGCUGUUGGCAAGGAAUACGGUGACAGAGCACUUGUGAAAGCACGCCGGACAUGGGGAACUGAGUGCUUAUUAAGGCCAAAUCUGCGGCGACCAGAGCAAUGGUGACCAGUGGAGCACUUCUGCCAGGCCUUUUUCUGGCUGUCGUGCUCACUGCCACGGCCGACGAUGCAUUCGUCGAGAGGCAGACCACGGAAGGCAUGGUUCGCGGCAAGGUUAUCCGUGUCCUGAACAAGACCGUCGAAGAGUACCUGGGCAUUCCGUUCGCCGAGCCGCCUGUGGGAAAGCUCCGCUUUCGGCCUCCACUUUCCAAAAGACCUUGGGAAGGCACCGUAGACGCAACCGCUGGAAACACAGCCUGUACUCAGGUGCUCUUGGACGGAAUCACACUGGGCAACCUGAGCUUUACAGAAGACUGCCUCCAGUUGAACGUAUGGGUCCUAGGGGUCGUGACUAACCCGGGCUCGCCUCGUCCUGUACUUGUGUGGAUUCACGGAGGAGCAUUCACCUUAGGCAGCGCAAAUAUGGGGAACUGUAGUGGAUUCUUGCUGGCCGCGCUGGGCGAUGUAGUCGUCGUCUCCAUGAAUUACCGUCUUGGCAUCCUGGGCUUCAUGAACGCGAACUCGCCUGAGGCGCCAGGUAAUGUUGGUCUCUUGGAUCAGAACAUGGCUCUGAAGUGGGUGCAGCGGAACAUAGGAAAUUUCGGAGGUGACCCUGAGCGAGUGACGUUGUUCGGCGAGAGCGCAGGCUCAAUGAGCGUACACGCUCAAAUCAUGUCGCCUUUAAGCCGAGGCCUCUUCAAGAGGGCAGUCUUGAUGAGCGGCACAACGUACAACCUAGACACGUGGGACACAGUUCCGGAAAGCAUGGUAAAGGCAGACAAGGUCGCUAACGUUGUUGGCUGCUCGAACGGUGGAACCUCCGAGCUGUCAUCAAAUGCGGAAGAAAUCGUAGACUGCAUGAGAAGCAAAUCAGCCGAUGAGCUCGUCAAGGCUUCUGUAGAGGUAGUGCAACCAAAGCUGAUUAUAUUUGCGCCCACUUAUCACAACGAGUUUCUUCCCAGAGAUCCAUUAGUGUCCCUGAAGCGCGGUUUCUUCUCAUCUGUGGAUGUCUUAGCUGGCGUAACUUCAGAUGAAGCAGCUGCGCUUCUCCUGUACCCGUUGGUCCCCGAGCUUUUGGAGGAAGACCCUGAAGCGACUUCACCAGAGGAGCUUGUUAAGUCUCUUCGCAGCGCAUUAUGGCGACUGCUUAAAGAUGACAUACCGGAUAUAUUAGAAACGUACACCGAGGAAGCACCAAAAGACGAUAAGAACGCACUGAGACGCCAAUACAUCGACUAUGUGUCGGACAGAUUGUUCAACUGUCCCCUGCAGUUCUUCGCGGAAAAGCACAGCGAAAAGGACAACAAAGUUUUCACGUAUGUGUUCGCCCACAAGACGGCGAUGUUUCCACUGCCUGGAUGGAUGGGAGCGCCCCAUGGCAGCGAUGUGGCCUUCGCGUUUGGUCACCCCUACGCUGCAAAUCCUGAUUCUCCAGAUGGUCGCAUGGCUGAGGCCUUCGUGCGAAUGUUGGCCAGCUUCGGCGAAAACGGGAUUCCGGAACUUCCCCACAACGAGACAUGGCCUCAAUACACCAAGAACUCGCCAAGCAUGGUCGUUCUCAACAAUGGCCAAUUUAACGAGACACAAGGAUUCCGCUCAAGCUACUGCGAACGCUGGAGGCCUUUGUACUAAAUGUGUCACUGAGGUUUGCCAUCGUUGGUAUGCCUUACUGGCUUAGUAAUUGUACAUUUGCAGUGCAUUAACGGCACUACAAACAAAUAUUACUGUUCAGGUUGACCUCCCUGCCUUUUCUACAAUUGAAAAAUUUAUUUCUCUUAACUCAUAGAGCAUAGCGCCAACAAACAAGGAACGCGGAA